AUGCUUUCACAAUUGGAACAGCGCAGCUCUCUCAGACUGUACUUGACCUGGAUCCAGAAAACUGGACUGUCGAGAAGGUCUGGUACAAACAGCAUGUGCUUUGACAGCGUUGAGGAACUGGUAGAAAAAUAUGAAUCAGGAGGUGUGGAGAAGAUCAAACUGCCCGAUCAUGACGACAAUGACCUCUACUCUACCUACAUCCCCCGGGGUCAGCGCAACACUCCCACUAAUAUCCAUGGCCCGAAGCACUGGUGUGAACACGCGGUGGAGGAGAGAGUGGAGCGAGUCCUGUCCCCACGUCUGCAGCUUGAAGUUAGCUGUUCUGAGGUGUAUCAGUAUAACACCCAGGGCUGGAGGCUAGAUGUGGACAGGAUGCGCAUCAAGCAUGGGGGUGAUGAUGGCAUCGCACUAUACUACAAACAACAGGGUCUCAAGGCAUCCUGUUUCUUGUAUAAACCCCCCGAGAUGGAGAGCGAGAUGGUGAACAAGACAGUGAAGGCAUGCUGUGAGGGCUGGGCCGGACCACGCUGCUCUGAGGGUGUGGGCGUGCGUGGCCAGUGUUACUCUACGUGGAGCUGUGGGGAGUUCCCCGGAGUUCAUAACUCCUCCUUGAUGCAGAUGGAGCAGUGCUGCAGCAGCCUGUGGGGGCUGAGCUGGAGGAAUGCCUCUGACCAGACCUGCUUGUCUUGCACCUACACUCUCCUUCCUGACUCCCAGUCCUCUCCUCUAGUGCGCAGUGGUCUUCUGGGUAGCGUCAGGGUGCCUCAGAGCUCAGCUACCUGCAUGUCCUGGGGUGGAGCCCACUACCGCACUUUUGACAGGAAGCACUUCCAUUUCCAGGGCAGCUGCACCUACCUGCUGGCCUCAUCUACUGACGGCACCUGGGCAGUCUACAUCAGUACAGUCUGUGACGGGAGAGGAGACUGCAGUAAGGCUUUGAGGAUGAUGCUGGGUCUAGAUUUGGUUUCAGUUCAUCACAGGAACUUAACGCUGAACAACCGCCCUGUUCCAAACGGAGAACCACUCUUCCAAAAUGGAGUGAGUGUUCAUUGGCUGGGGGACUUUGUGUUUGUGGAGAGUGGCCUGGGAGUAAGAAUGAAGUUUGACCUGACCAACACAGUCUACCUGACAGUGACCACAGAGCACCUGGCAGCUACCAGGGGGCUGUGUGGAGUCUACAACAACAACGCUGACGAUGAUUUCACCACAAUGGGUGGAACUGUUUCCCAGUAUGCUGCCAGCUUUGGUAACUCAUGGAGAGUUCCUGACCAGCAGAGUGAAGGCUGCAGCGAUGCAGCUGAGCUCGGUCACAGCUGUGAUGUCUCAGGAGACCCUGCCCUGCGCAGACAGGCAGAGUCAGUGUGUCACCAACUGCAGGAAAACCCCUUCACACACUGCCACGUCCGGCUGGACCCUACAGUGUACAUAGACACCUGUCUCUACCUAUAUUGUAGCCUGCCUCCCAAAGAAAGAGAUUCGGCAGUGUGUGAUACCCUGGCCAGCUAUGCCCGAGAGUGUGCCCAGCAACACGUCAUCAUAAUGUGGAGGACAGCCGCCCUAUGUGGUCGUGUCUGUCCCAGAGGUCAGGUGUUUUCGGACUGUGUGUCCUCCUGUCCCCCCAGCUGUGCAUCUCCCCAGCCCCCAGGGCCUGCUGCAGCCAUGGGCCAGUGUAGGGAGGAGUGCGUGGGGGGCUGCGAGUGUCCGCCAGGCCUCUACCUUCACCAGGGACUCUGUCUAAAAAGAGACGAUUGUCCUUGUUUCCAUCGUAGACGCACCUACCAGUCAGGGGACAGGAUACAGCAGAGAUGCAAUACCUGUGUGUGCAGAGCAGGCCAGUGGGAGUGUACUGGGGAGAAGUGCGCAGCCCAGUGCAGCCUGAUGGGGGCGCUACAGGUGACCACCUUUGAUAAAAAGAGGUAUUCACUACAGGGAGGAGACUGUUCCUUUACUGCUGUGGAGGACUUUGUUGACAGGAAGCUGGUGGUGAGUGUACGCUGUGGAGAGUGUACAGCAGGAGGAGGAGGAGGAGGAGGAGGAGGAGGAGGAGGAAGAAGCCUGGGUUGUGUAAGGGAGAUGUUAGUCACAGCACUACGCACCACAGUGACCAUCACAGACACUGGUACAGUGACACUGAACGGCCAGAGGGAGCUGUUGCCUGUGGUGACGGGAGACCUGGUUGUGCGUAGGGCCUCAUCUUCAUUUCUCCUUAUCCAGACUUUUGGAGCCCAGCUGCUCUGGCACCUCGAUGGACCUUUGGCCCUGAUCACCCUGCAACCUGGCUUUGCAAACAAGGUGCGCGGCCUGUGUGGAACGCUGACCUGGAACCAGCAUGAUGACUUUACCACCCCAGAAGGAGACGUGGAGAACAGCGUAUCAUCCUUUGCAGGGAAAUUUACCACAGAACACUGCUCUCUACCUAGAGGAGCUCCUCCUGACCCCUGCACCACAUUCACCCAGAGGAGACAGUACGCAGAGACAGUGUGCUCCGUCAUACACAGCCCCGUCUUUCAGGUGUGCCACGACGUGGUGGAGAGGGAGCCCUAUUUCCGUCUCUGCCUGUCGGAGGUUUGCGGGUGCGCUCCACAGAGGACCUGUCACUGCACCAUCCUCACCGCCUACACCCAACAAUGCGCUCAGGAGGGCGUCGCCGUCAACUGGCGCAAUCAGACCUUCUGCCCGGUCCAGUGUUCGGGGGGUCAGGUGUACCAGGAAUGUGGUAACGCCUGUGGGGGCUCCUGUUCAGAGAGCUGGAACUGCGAUGACGGUGGUGCUGGAAUGGGUCUCAGGACUUGUGUUCCAGGGUGCCAGUGCCCACCAGGACUAGUGCAGGACCACCAGGGCCAGUGUGUUCCCAUUGCUAUGUGCCCCUGUGUGCAAGGAGAGAAGACAUACCAGCCGGGGGAUGUUAUUCAGAACAACUGUAAUACCUGUGUGUGUGAGCAGGGGCGGUUUAACUGCACCCAAGAGCGCUGUGAGGAGGUGAACCGGUGUCCAGGCUCUCUGGUCUACUCUCCACGCUCCUGCCUCCUCACCUGCUCCAGCCUGGACCCUCCUGGACAACAGCAGGGGAGCAGCGUAGCACUUGGGAGCUGCAGAGAGCCCCUGUCUGGCUGUGUCUGUCCUCAGGGAACUGUGCUGCUAGGUGAUCACUGUGUUCAGCCAGAUGAGUGCCCGUGCCGCCAUAAUGGUCAACUUUACUACAGCAACGACACCAUUGUUAAAGACUGCAACACAUGUGUGUGUAAGGAACGCCGCUGGCACUGCAGCCAGUCCGCCUGUGCCGGUGUGUGCGUGGCAACCGGUGACCCACACUAUGUGACAUUCGACGGCCGCUGUUACUCUUUCCUGGGCGACUGCCAGUAUGUGCUGGCGAGGGAGACCAGCGGUUUGUUCAGCGUCACGGCAGAGAACGUGCCCUGUGGGAGCACUGGGGUCACCUGCACAAAGUCGGUCACCCUCAGCCUGGGAAAUACUGUCAUACAUCUGCUGAGAGGUAAAGCUGUGACAGUAAAUGGGAUGCCAGUCAGUCUGCCAAAGUCUUACAGUGGCAGUGGUCUGACUUUGGAAAGAGUCGGCCUGUUUGUCUCCCUUUCCUCCCGACUAGGGGUCACUCUGCUAUGGGAUGGAGGUAUGCGUGUGUAUGUGCGUCUGGCGGCCCACCUGCGGGGUCAGGUCGGGGGCCUGUGUGGUAACUUUGAUGGGGACACAGAGAAUGAUUUUACGACACGGCAGGGCAUCGUGGAGUCUACGGCCGAGCUGUUUGGAAACUCCUGGAAGGUCAGCCCUUCCUGCCCUGAUGUGGCAGACCAGGACCUCCGAGACCCCUGUGCUCUAAACACCCACAGGGUGACCUGGGCCAGGAAAAGGUGCGCAGUCCUGACGCAGGAGCUCUUCUCUCGGUGCCACCCUGAGGUGCCCUUCCAGCAGUAUUAUGACUGGUGUGUCUUUGAUGCUUGUGGCUGUGACUCAGGGGGGGACUGUGAGUGUCUCUGUACUGCCAUUGCUGCCUAUGCUGAAGAAUGUAACCGCCGAGGGGUCUACAUCCGCUGGAGAUCCCAAGAACUCUGUCCUCUGCAGUGUGAGAACGGGCUGGUGUAUGAUCCCUGUGGUCCAGCUUGUUCUCCUUCAUGUCCCAGUGUUCAGCAGAGCCCACACUCCCAGUGUGGUGCUCUGUCCUGUGUGGAGGGCUGCUUCUGCCCUGCUGGCACAGUCCUAUAUGGAGAGAGCUGUGUAGUUCCCACUCAGUGUCCAUGUGAGUGGGAGGGCUCCAUUUUCCCACCUGGAACUACCAUCACUCAGCACUGCCAGAACUGUUCCUGUGAGGAUGGUGUGUGGCAGUGCGAGGGUGUGGCUUGCCCUCCUCCCUCCCCUCCUUGUCUGGAAUCGGAGUUUACUUGUGCUGGGGGGCGCUGCAUCCCCUCCCAGUGGGUGUGUGACAACGAGGAUGACUGUGGCGAUGGUUCAGAUGAGCUCUGCCCGUCCACCUGCUCUCCAGUCCAAUUCCGCUGUACCAGCACGCCAAGUGGACCAUGUUUGAACCUGGCUCUGCGUUGUGAUGGCCACCCAGACUGUGUUGACCAAUCAGAUGAGGAGUUCUGUGGACCUACCACCCCUGUGCCCCUGUGCCCACCAGGGGAGUUUCAGUGUGCCAGUGGAAAGUGCCUGUCAGCCAGCCGUGUGUGUGAUGGACGACUGGACUGUGGUUUUGCUGAUGGGUCCGAUGAGCAAGACUGUGGUGUGGUGUGUGACGAAGGGGAAUUCCUGUGUGCUGGAGGCCGUUGCAUUCUCUACCUCCACCGCUGUGAUGGACAUGAUGACUGUGGGGACCUCAGUGAUGAGAGGGGGUGUGUUUGUGCCCCAGGGGAGUUUCAGUGCCCUGGGGACCAGUGUGUUCCUGCAAACAGAGUGUGUAACGGACAUAAAGACUGCCCCUCUGGAACAGACGAAGCUGUCUGUCCAAGUAAAGUGACCUGUGCUCCUGACCAGUUUGCCUGUAGUGAUGGUACAUGUGUUGCCAAUACGAAGUUGUGUGAUGGAACAACAGACUGUUCAAGUGGAGAGGAUGAAAACAGAACCAACUGCUACAUGGUUAUCAUAACCCAGUCCCCCUCACCUGUCACCCCGACUCUGCCCUCUUCAGCUUGCAGGUCCUAUGAGUUCAGCUGUGCCACCGGUGGGCAGUGUGUGCCUCAGGCUUGGCAUUGUGAUGGAGAAACAGACUGUAUGGAUGGUAGUGAUGAGCAGCAGUGUGCCACCCCUUGUGGCCCUGACCAGGUGCCUUGCUUCAGUGGUGACCAGUGUGUGGAUUACCAGCAGCUCUGUGAUGGGAUCCCACACUGCAGGGAUGCCUCGGACGAGAAUAUCGACAACUGUGGCUCUACUCGAAUACCUCCUUGCCCAGGCAGCUUCCCGUGUGACAACCGCACCUGUGUGAACAUGUCGCAAGUGUGCAACGGCGUUCCAGACUGUCCACGGGGUGAUGAUGAGUUGGUGUGUGAUAAAGCUGUGUCACCAGCGCCCCCUGGCAGUAGGAACACCACUGUCACCUGCCCUGAAUUCACCUGUAUGGAUGGAUCCUGUGUCCCCUUUAACAUGGUGUGUAAUGGUGUGGUAGACUGUCCGGACUCCUCAAUAGCACCACUUGGAGGCCCCACUGAUGAGCAGGGCUGUAGAAGCUGGAGCUCCUGGGGUCUGUGGAGUCCCUGCAGCACCUCCUGUGGUACAGGCUCCAUGAGCCGGCAGAGAACCUGCCCUCAAGGGGACCCACUGCGCCGCUGUCAGGGACAGGACUUCCAGAGGCAACAAUGCUUUAACACCACCUGCCCUGUGGAUGGUCAGUGGUUGCCGUGGGUGAACUGGUCGAACUGUUCCAGCGGUUGUGGUGGAGUGCAGGUCAGACACAGAGGCUGCAUCCCUCCUCGCUUUGGAGGCCGAGACUGUUCCCAGCUCCCAGGGCCAUCCAAGCUAGCCAUGGAAAUCAAGCCGUGUCCUGAUGAUGGGUGUGCCAACACCAGCUGUCCCACUGGGCUGGUGAGACACAGUUGUGCUCCCUGCCCGAUGUCCUGCGCCCACAUCAGCAGUGGGACAACCUGUGAUCCAACAGCACCCUGCUCUUCGGGUUGUUGGUGUCUAGAGGGCCAGGUGAUGAGCCAUAUGCAACAGUGCGUGUUACCAGAGGAGUGUGUUUGUGAGGUGGCAGGUGUGCGUUACUGGCCGGGCCAGCAGAUGAAGGUGGACUGUGAGAUUUGUGUUUGUGAGAGAGGAAGGCCUCAGAGAUGCCAGCCUAACCCAGACUGUUCAGUGCACUGUGGCUGGUCAUCGUGGUCUGAGUGGGGAGAGUGUUUGGGGCCUUGUGGUGUUCAGAGUGUCCAGUGGUCGUUCCGCAGCCCAAACAAUCCCACCAAGCACGGAGACGGGAGAACAUGUAGAGGAAUUUACAGGAAAGCCCGUCGGUGCCAGACAGACCCCUGUGAUGAGUGUGAGUACCAGGGUCAGUCCCAUGCUGUGGGAGACAGAUGGAGGUCAGACCCCUGCCAAUUAUGUCACUGUCUGCCCAACCUCACAGUGCAGUGCUCCCUCUACUGUCCAUACGCUGUCAGUGGAUGCCCACAGGGCCAAAGUCUGGUGCUUGGAGAGGAAGACAGGUGUUGUUACUGCCAAGGAGGAAAUGACACCAUUCUUGUGACAAUUAGCCCCGUCACUGUGACCUCCAAGCCAAGAGAGGGCACUACACCUCUGGUUCCCACAUAUCCACUUCCUCCUGGAGAUGAGUGUUGGUCUCCUCUGGGUGUUCAGUUUCUCCCAGCUUCCAGUUUCAGUGCCUCAUCACAGCAGACUGGUCACCCGCCUGAGGCAGGUCGCCUCCAUGGAUGGGACCCCCAUAGGGACCUCCAGGGCUGGAGUCCAGAACCUGAGGAGUACAAGGACCUACCACAGCGGAGCCCUGAGGGACACACUAGCAACACACAGAGCCCCUAUCUACAGAUAGACCUGCUGAAACCAUACAACAUUACUGGUGUGCUAACUCAGGGUGGUGGUGUGUUUGGCACCUUCGUGUCCAGCUUCUACCUCCAGUUCAGCCAAGAUGGCAGACAGUGGUACACUUACAAAGAGCUAGUCACUGAUGCCCGGCCGAGAGCCAAGGUUUUUCAUGGUAACCAUGAUGAUCGAGGGGUGGCAGAGAGCCGACUAGACAGGAUGGUGUCAGCUCAGUUUGUCCGCUUGCUGCCACAUGACUUCCAGAAUGGCAUCUAUCUUCGACUUGAGAUUAUGGGUUGUGGAGAUGGUUACCGCUGGUUGACUACCCCUACUCCUCCCUCCCCAGUCUCCCCAGUAGGUGGAUGCAGAGAGAAGGAGUUCCAGUGUAAAAAUGGUCGCUGUGUGCCAGCAGGUCCACUGGGAGUUGUCUGUGAUGGGGUCAAUAACUGUGGAGAUGGAUCAGACGAGAUGUACUGUGGUACACAGCCAUCGCCUACACCCACCAGUCCACGCAGCUGCCCUGCUGGUCAGUUCUCCUGCCCCCCACCAGGGGGCUGCAUUGAGGUAAGGCAUCGGUGUGAUGGGAUUCCCCACUGUCCCAAAGGGGAGGAUGAAAUUGGCUGCCAUCCCCCCGACCACAUCACCACCCAGUCAGACAGACCACACACACCCACCCCUUCUCCUCUCCGGACUCCAUCCAUGGCUGCUGUCACUCAUCCUGCUGUAACACCAACGGGUGGUAGCCCAGGAUAUCGUGGCAUCUGCUCCUCUCCCCUUGGACUGGAGGAUGGAAGAAUUCGAUAUGGUCAGCUGACCUCAUCCUCACAUCGUGAGAACAACCCUGCUGAUGCUGGGCGACUAAACAUUGUCCCUAAUGUUCAGGUUAUGGAGCCUGGAUGGAGCCCCUUGCCUUCAGAUCCCCAGCCAUAUUUUCAGGUGGACUUCCUGGAGCCCACAUGGGUGUCAGGGGUGGUGACCCAGGGCAGUGAACGCAUGUGGGGUUACCUCACCAAAUACCGCCUGGCCUUCGCCUUGCACAGCAGCCUCUUCACAGACUAUAGUGAGGAUGGGAAGCCUGGUGGCCCUGCUAAGGUGUUUGAGGUGCGAAUGGUGGCCAGGAGCCCUGUAACCCGCUGGCUCGGUCGGCUGGUCAGAGCUCGCUACCUGCGCAUCAUCCCUGUGGAGUUCAGACACACCUUCUACCUGCGUGCAGAGAUCCUAGGCUGCAGAGGAGAUGAGCUGGUGACCCCCAGCAGUGUAACCACAGCUCCCUCUGGUGUUGGAAAAGUAACUGUGCAGCGCUGUAAUCCAGGCCAGUUUGCAUGCCAGCACAGUGAGGAGUGUGUGUCUGUCUCUGUGCUUUGUGAUGGUCGACCAGACUGCAAGGACCACUCUGAUGAGAUCAACUGUGGUACGGCUCCAACCAGAGGUUCUCCAGGCCUGCAGAACCAGACCACCUCCAUGGGGAGACCAGGUUUCCACAGAGACAGUACAACAGGUGCGCCAGGCCUCCAUACCACCGGGUCCCAAGGUGGACUUCCUAGUAUGGCUAGCCCAGGGGUCACAGGUCAUCCUGGUCUUCACCACACCACAACCCCCCAUUCUGGAAGACCUGGGUUGCAAACCACAAAAGCCACGUGGAUUGCUACAACCCCCCAUGAUGGUGGCUUACCCAGAGUGCUUUGCGUGGAAGGCCAGUAUGCAUGCCGGUCAUUUGGCUGUGUUGACUCUGCGCUGGUGUGCGAUGGCAGACGGGACUGUUUGGACGGGUCAGAUGAAGAACGCUGUGGCACCACAGCCAGACCAGCAGUGACUCCACAAGGCACACCAGUGCCUAGCCCGUGUUCUACCAAGCAAUUCUCUUGUGCCAGUGGGGAGUGCGUUCACCUGGACCGCAGAUGUGACCUGCAGAGGGACUGUGUGGAUGGAUCAGAUGAGAAAGACUGUGUGGACUGCAUCAUGUCCGCAUGGACAGCAUGGAGUGCAUGCAGUGUGUCCUGUGGUCUGGGCUCCUUGUUCCGACAGAGGGACAUACUGAGGGAGGCUCUGCCCGGAGGGGCCUGUGGUGGAGCUCAGUUCGACAGUCGAGCCUGUUUCCCUCGAGCAUGUCCAGUGGAUGGUCAUUGGUCAGAGUGGACAGAGUGGUCGGAGUGUGACGCUCAGUGUGGUGGUGGUAUCAGGCAGAGGAACAGAACCUGCUCUGCUCCUCCUCCCAAGAACGGUGGGCGGGACUGUGAGGGCAUGACCCUGCAGAGCCAGAGCUGCAACAGCCAACCCUGCUCCAAAGACAUAGGCACACAGACAGGAUGUGUCAACAGCAUGGUGCUGGUGACUGAGGCAGACUGCCAGGCUGGAAGGGUGGAGCCCUGUCCUCCUACAUGCUCACAUCUCAGCUUGACCAACAACUGCACUGCAGCAUGUAUAUCUGGGUGUCGCUGUUCUGAUGGUCUGUACCUUCAGGGUGGGCAAUGUGUGAAUGCCAGCCAAUGUGUCUGUCUCUGGGACGGUCAAACACUGCAGCCAGGAGAGAGAGUCAGGGACCAGUGUACCACAUGUGUUUGCAGAGAUGGACAAGUAACCUGCGACACAUCCAGCUGUAUGGUGACCUGUCAUUGGUCAGCCUGGUCGUCAUGGUCACCAUGUGAUGUAACCUGUGGUCUGGGGCUACAGCAACGUUACAGGUCUCCAGUGAACCCAGCUGGAGCAGUCAGAAUCCAACCCUGUCCAGAAGACUCGUCUGAAGCCCGCCGCUGCUCCAGCCCCUGCUUCCCCGUGCUACCAGAUGGAGUAUGGAGUAAAUGGACCACCUGGUCAGAGUGUAGUAAGACAUGUUUCAACCAUGUAGAUGAUGUUGGAAUCAGACGCCGAUUCCGCAGCUGCAACCAUACGCUCACACCCUCCAACCACACGCACUUGGAAUUUUCCUGUGAUGGAGACAACGAGGAGCAAGAGCCUUGUAACACUGUUCACUGUCCAGUGAAUGGCAGCUGGUCACCGUGGUCACCGUGGUCUCAGUGUUCAUCAGAGUGCGACUCUGGUGUCCAAACACGAGAACGAUACUGCAGUUCACCCUCCCCACAGCAUGGGGGCAGCAGCUGCCCUGGGCCACACAUACAGACAGGAGACUGCAACUCCCACCCCUGCUCAGGUGUGUGUCCAGAGGGCAUGGUGUACAUGACAGCAGCAGAGUGUGAGGCUCACGGAGGUGCGUGUCCACGGGUGUGUUUGGACAUGACCUCCACAGAGGUGCAGUGUGCCACCGCCUGUUACGACGGCUGCUAUUGCGCCCUGGGCUUCUACCUGCUCAAUGGCAGCUGUGUGCCCCUGGCACAGUGCCCGUGUUACCACCAGGGGGAACAGCACCCAGCCGGUGCCACCCUGCCUGUUGAUGCCUGCAAUAACUGUACCUGCACUAAUGGAGAAAUGAAGUGCAGUACAACUCCCUGCCCUGUGGACUGUGGCUGGAGCAGCUGGACCCAGUGGAGCGCUUGCAGUCGAACAUGUGAUGUUGGUGUGAGAAGGCGGUAUCGUUCGGGAACCAAUCCUCCUCCAGCUUCCGGGGGUCGCCCCUGCAAAGGAGACAGAGUUGGGAUUGAUACCUGCAGCAUUGAACCCUGCUUUGGUGUAAAGGAGCCAUGGAGUGCGUGGUCCGAGUGCUCAGUGACUUGUGGAGGAGGUUACAGGACCCGAACUCGUGGGCCUAUCCGAAUCCACGGCACUGCUCAGCAGUUCAGUGCCUGUAAUCUGCAGCCCUGCGGAGAUGGCAGGGUCUGUCCUUCAGGCCAGGAGUGGAAGCAGUGUGUGAGGGGAGCAGUCUCAUGCACAGAUCUCACAAUGGACCUUAACAGGAACUGCACACCAGGCUGCCAGUGUCCACACAGGACUGUCCAACAGGAUGGUGUGUGUGUGCCUGAGUCUGACUGUCGUUGUGAUGUGGAUGGAGAGCAGUACAACCCAGGAGACAUUGUGCCCAGAGACUGCAACAACUGUACAUGUGAAACAGGGAGGCUGGUAAACUGCUCUCAGGUCAGCUGCAAUGUUGAUGGCCGAUGGUCAAUGUGGACUCCCUGGGGUCAGUGUUCGGUGUCGUGUGGAGCAGGGCUCCAGUCUCGGUACCGGUUCUGUUCUAGCCCCCAGCGCUCUGGCAGUGGCCUGCCAUGUCUGGGACCUCACAGAGAGGACCAAGUCUGCGUCACAGCUCCAUGUGACCGUGACGGUGGCUGGGGUCAGUGGAGUAACUGGACAGAGUGUACCAAGUCAUGUGGCGGGGGGGUUCGAAGCCGGAGGAGAGAGUGUGACAGUCCCAGUCCAGAGGGGGAGGGGAACUACUGUGAGGGGCUGGGAACUGAGGUCAUAGCAUGUAACACUAACCACUGUCCAGUGGCUCCAUGCUCACAAGUCCCAGGCACAGUGUUCAGUAGCUGUGGUCCCUCCUGCCCUCGCUCCUGUGACGACUUGGCUCACUGUGAGUGGCAAUGUGAGCCAGGGUGCUACUGUACAGAGGGCAAGGUCCUGUCUGCUAACGGGACAGUCUGUGUAGAGAGAGAAGACUGUCCCUGCCUUGAUCUCAGCUCUGGACACAGGCUGGAACCAGGGGAGACCAUUGAAGCCCCUGAUGGAUGUAACAACUGCACUUGUGAGGGUGGGAGGCUUAAUUGCACCAGAUACCCCUGUCCAGUGUCUGGUGGCUGGUGUGAGUGGUCAGAGUGGACUCCAUGCUCCAGGACCUGUGGGGCAGAGUCAGUGUCCCGUUACAGGAGCUGUGGUUGUCCUGAGCCCAUGGCUGGAGGAGUGGCCUGCUCUGGAGAACAGGAAAUGCACAGUGGGGUCGGAGUUCAAAUCCAAAGACAGCCCUGCCCGGUCAUCACCUUCUGUCCAGUCCAUGGUUCGUGGAGUCCCUGGUCAGUGUGGUCAGAGUGUGAUGGGUGUGCCGGGUCGUCCACUCGCACCAGGGAUUGUAACAGUCCUCCUACCAGGUUUGGUGGUCUGCCCUGCAUUGGAGAGAGGAGGCAGAGGCGCAGUUGCCAUGACAACGUCACCAUCUGCUCAGAGUGUGGCGGAGGCCAGGAAGAAUGGCCUUGUGGGAAGCCCUGUCCUCGCUCCUGUUCAGAUCUCCAUGGUGACACAGAGUGCUUGGACUCCCCCGGGUGCAGAAAGACCUGCGGUUGUCCGGGUGACAUGGUUCUGCAGGAUGGAGUGUGUGUGGCCAGGGAGGAGUGUCGCUGCAAAUACCUUAACAGCUCUGCUACUGUAAUGACUUCCAGCAGGCUAGAUUCCAGUAAUGCAUCAUCAGUAUGGCUUGGUGGAUCUGAUUGGCAGUUUGCAAAUCCAGGAGAUAGCAUCGUCAGUGACUGCAAAAACUGUUCUUGUGAGGCAGGGGUUCUGCAGUGUCAAUCAGUCCCUGGUUGCCAUGUUGAUGGAGGCUGGAGCCAAUGGGGGGCCUGGACUGAGUGCACGCUUCCUUGUGGAGGAGGAGUCAAGUUCAGGAGACGUCAGUGUAACAACCCAUCCCCUCAGAGUGGUGGGAGAGGCUGCCUGGGAGUCGCUGAAAAGCAGAAAGACUGCAACAUCCACCUGUGCACAGACUCGGAGGGCCCGUGGCUCCCCUGGUCUGAGUGGUCUGUGUGUUCGGUCAGCUGUGGCGGAGGACAGCAGUCCCGCUUUCGUGUAUGCAGCUCUCCACCCUGCAGCGGCCUCAGCCGCCAGAGCAAGACCUGCAACACCCAGGUGUGCCUCGAAGUGGGCUGCCCUCCUGGCAGGUUGUACAGGGAGUGUGAACGAGGUGAAGGCUGUCCGUUCAGCUGCGCUCAGGUCAGCGGCAGAGAGGGCUGCUACUCUGAUGGCUGCGAGGAAGGCUGCCACUGCCCCCCACACACCUACCAGCACCAUGGAGUCUGCCUGCAGGAGUGUCCGUGCCUGGUGGACAGACAGUUUCUGGCCUCUCUGCAGAGUGUUUCUGUCGCACCGGUCUCAUCUCUACACCUCCAUAACAUCUCUGAGGGAGUGGAACUUCAGUCUGGAGACACACUGGUCCAUGACUGUAGUACAUGCGGCUGUGAACAUGGCAGGUGGAACUGUUCCUUGGAGCAUUGCCCAGUCGACGGCGGCCUGUCACCCUGGGGCUCCUGGAGCUCCUGCUCACUGUCCUGUGGAGGUCUUGGACUGAAGACUCGCACCAGGGGCUGCACACAGCCUGCCCCAACCCAUGGAGGGAGAGACUGCCAGGGGCCACGCCAGGAAACCACGUACUGCCAGGCCCCUGACUGCCCAGUUAUUGUUGGCCCUACAGAAGAACCAGCUUUACCAGAUGAGGAUGCUGGCUUCUCUCCCUGGUCGUUAUGGACUCCCUGCAUGAAGACCUGCACUAAUACUCUCAGCCCAGCCAUGAAGUCCCGUCAUCGACAGUGUAUAAAACCACCCUGCUCCGGAAGCUCUCACCAAGAGAAGGCCUGUAACCUGCCCCAGUGUCCAGAUGGAGACGAGGUAUGUGUAGGGCCUGACUGUGCGCAGAGGAACUGUUCAUGGACAGACUGGGGGGAGUGGAGUUCCUGUUCGCGGUCCUGUGGAGUGGGUCAACAGCAGAGGAUCCGAACCUUCAACAGUCCCGGGACCAACGGCUCGUGGUGUGAAGACAUCUUGGGAGGAAACCUGGACAAUCGCUUCUGUAACAUCAGGCCCUGCAGAGUGGAUGGAGGUUGGUCUCGCUGGAGUCCCUGGUCCCGCUGUGAUAAGCGCUGUGGUGGCGGCCGCUCCAUACGCACCCGCUCCUGCUCCAGCCCUCCGCCCAAGAACGGUGGGAAGAAGUGUGAAGGAGAGAAGAAUCAGGUCAAACCCUGCAACACCAAACCCUGCGAUGAAAAAGGGUGCCCGCCGGGCCAGGAGUUUGUGUCGUGUGCAAACCAGUGUCCACAGCGGUGCUCAGACCUUCAGCAGGGAAUAGAGUGCCAGGGCAACACCGAAUGUCAGCCCGGCUGUCGCUGCCCUAAAGGCCAGUUGCAGCAAGAUGGGGUGUGUGUGCAGCUGUGGCAGUGUGACUGCGUGGACUCACUGGGACAGAUUUGGGCAGCCGGCAGCUGGCAUCAGGUGAACUGUAACAACUGCAGCUGCUCUGACGGACAGCUGCUCUGCACCAAUCACAGCUGCCAGGCCUCCUGCAUUUGGAGCUCCUGGUCCAGUUGGGCGUUGUGCAGCGUUUCCUGCGGGCAGGGCCAGAGAACCAGAUACAGGUCUCGGAUCCCAGAGACUGAAGGAACAGAUUGCCAGUUUGAGGAAGUCCAGCAUAAAUCCUGCGACCCAGGACCCUGCCCACCUCUUUGUCUCCAUGGUGACAAGGAGCUCAGUGUGGGAGACACCUGGCUACAGGGCGAGUGUAAACAAUGCACAUGCACACCAGAGGGAGAUUAUUGCCAAGACAUUGAUUGCAGAGUGGACGGUGGUUGGACCCCAUGGUCAGUGUGGUCUGACUGCUCAGUGACCUGUGGUCGAGGCACACAGGUUCGAACCCACGCCUGCAUUAACCCCCCUCCACGUAACAACGGGUCUCACUGCAGCGGGCCAGAGAGAGAAACACAGGACUGUCACACUCCUCCCUGUCUGGAUGACCUUUGCCCCUGGUCGCCAUGGUCACCAUGUUCCCGAAGCUGUGGCGCAGGUUCUGUGUCCCGGCGCAGGGUGUGCGUGUGUGAGGAGGGAGGAGAUGCAGCGUGUCCCGCUGAGAUCGAGGCUGAGAGGAACAGAGAGGAGACCCAGCUGUGUUACAAACGGCCCUGUCCAGGCUGUCCCAUGUCGGAGUGGAGUGUGUGGUCUCCGUGCUCCUGUGUGUCUCAGAGGCAGCAGCGCUACCGUGUAGCUCUCUCCCCAGCCACCAGGGGUCAACAGUGCACUCCUGUUGAAACGCAGAGCAGGACAUGCAGUCUCAGUCAAUGUGAUGAUUGUGAAGCCCCAUUUGUGUACUCAGCAUGCGGUGCUCCCUGUGAGAAGCAGUGUGCACUGCAGGGCCAUGGAGAUCAGUGUUUAGGCGUCAAGGAGUGUACAUCUGGCUGCUACUGCCCACAGGGCCUGCUGCAGCAGAACGGUAGCUGUGUUCCUGCAGAGGAGUGUGGCUGCGUCCAUCUGCAGCACCAAGCUUCAGGACAACCACCCACCCCUGUCACUGUCCCUCAGGGGGCCACGGUCACCAUAGGCUGCAGUACCUGCCUUUGCCAUGAUGGCAUUUUGCAGUGUGACAUGAGAGAGUGUGAAGUCAUCCUCAGCGAAUGGUCUGAGUGGACUCCAUGUUCUCCCUGUGUACCCGCUGCCUUCCUGCAGCACAGCACCUUCCAAGCAGGAGUUAUCAAUGGCAGUAACAUGGUCUCAAUCCAGAAGCGUUUCCGGGCCUGUUUGGACUUGGAAUCUGGUCUUCCAGUCUCUAGAGAGGAGGAGAAGGAGAGCCAAUGUCCAGGACCACUGGUGGAGGAGAGGCUCUGUCCACAUGUUAACAUCUGCAGAGAUUUAUGUCAGUGGAGUGUGUGGAGCGCCUGGACGGCCUGUGCAGAGCCAUGCAGUGGUGGAGUCAGGCAGCGAUACAGAUGGCCCUUGGCCUCUCCUCCAGGACCCCACUGUAAGAGCCAACAGACACAGAGCCAGAGUUGCAACACAGGACUCUGCCCAGGUGAGCGCUGUGAGGAUAGGGGGCGGACCUACCAAGAGAACUGUGCCAAUCAAUGUCCUCGCAGCUGCACUGACUUAUGGGAACAUGUGCAGUGUCUCCAAGGAGCCUGCCACCCAGGUUGUCGGUGUCCAGAGGGACAACUGUUGCAGGAUGGCCACUGUGUGUCAGUUACAGAGUGUCGCUGCGGUAUCGCAUCAGGGAACGGGACACUGGAGUUCAUCCCUAAAGAGAAGCUUUCUGUGGACUGUAACACGUGUGUGUGUGAGAAUGGCGAUCUGGUGUGCACCAAGCUUCCCUGCCCGGUUUAUGAGCCCUGGAGCCCAUGGAGCUCCUGCUCAGCCUCCUGUGGGCAUGGCCAGAGGACAAGGACACGCCCAUGCCAGGACACAGAAGGCGGCCCUUCCUGUGCUGACACCAUGGAAACCGAGAGUUGUGACAUGUCAUCAUGUCCAGUGGGAUGUUUGCUGAGCGAGUGGUCACCCUGGAGUGAGUGCAGCGCCACUUGUGGUGGCGGUGUAUCAGUGCGGAACAAGACAGUACUUAGAGAGCCAGAGCCUGGUGGGAUGGUUUGUGUUGGACCCCUUGAACAGCAUACUAUCUGCAACACCAACAGCUGCCUGCCUGAGUGUCCAAGUGGGCAGGUGUUUAGUGACUGUUCAGGUUCCUGUCCAUAUACUUGUGAGGACCUGUGGCCACACACACAGUGUUUACCUGGACCCUGCACCCCUGGGUGCGCUUGCCCUCCUGGACAGGUGUUGCAUGAAGGCUCCUGUGUGUCCCACGCCAACUGUCCUUGUUCACCGUUGUCCCUGCCGGCUGGUUACCGAAGCUGGAAUGUCAGCACUGAGGAGAUCACAGAAGCAUUUUUUCCUCCUGGAACAGCCAUUCAGCACCUCUGCAACACAUGUGUAUGCCAAGGAGGAGCGUUCAACUGUACCUCCAAGUUCUGUGAUGUGGACUGUGAGUGGUCCAGCUGGUCCCCGUGGAGUCCGUGCUCAGCAAGCUGUGGUACAGGCCGACAGAGCUCCACCAGAAUCAUCCUGCUGUCCAGCCAGUAUGGAGGGGCCCCAUGUGAGGGCCCUGACCACAGCACCACGACCUGCAUGGCCCCUGACUGUGCAUGUCCUGUCGGGGAGCAAUGGAAGAGGAGCGUGUCGGAGGAUGUCCCACUGUGCGAGAGGAGCUGCCAGGACAUUUACUCCUCUCCCGUCAACUGCAGCCGCUCCGCCGAGGGCUGUGUGUGUCGGGAGGGGCUUUACCGAAACACAGAGGGUGUGUGUGUCAUUCCUGCCCUCUGCCCCUGCCAUGACCAGGGCAUCCUGCGGGAGGCAGGAUCAGAGUGGGAGGAAGGCUGCCUGUCAUGUCGUUGUGUCAACGGGAAAAAACUGUGCCAGUUAAGAUGUCUGCCACUCCACUGUGAUGAGGGGGAGGUCAAGGUGGAGGAACCAGGCAGCUGCUGUCCAGUCUGCAGAAAGCAGUUCCCAGGCGAGCCCGAGCUGGAGUGCCGUCGCUAUGUGCAGGUCAGGAACAUCACCAAGGGAGACUGUCGGCUUGACAACGUGGAGGUCAGCUUCUGCAGGGGACGCUGUCUGUCCAGGACUGAUGUCAUCCUGGAGGAGCCCUACCUCCAGUCAGUUUGCGAGUGCUGUAGUUACCGUUUGGACCCUAACAACCCAGUCCGAUUCCUCAGCCUGCAGUGUGAGAGCGGAGAGAACGAGCCGGUCGUCCUGCCCGUCAUACACAGCUGCGAAUGCACCAGCUGCCAAGGAGGUGACCUGUCCAGACGCUGAGCGAGUAUGUUGAGUGUGUCUGUGAGCUGAGUGUGUGUGUGUGAGCUGAGUGUGUGUGUGUGAGAGCUGAGUGUGUGUGAGCUGAGUGUGUGUGCACUAGCGAGAGCAGGACGAGUAUGAACGCCAAGUCAAGUGAGAGCGCCACACUGCCAGCCAGCUGGGUGAUGUGUGGAGAAUUUUGGGAUGGACAGAUCGAUGGAUGGAUGAGUGAAGUCCUGAGACCCUGUUGAUGUACACAUUGUUCUGUAGUCCUUAGUCAUCAUAUGACUGGAUGCUACUGCUGAUCGUUCUUGUAGAGUUCUCUUCAGCCUGUACAGCCUUUUUCUACUGUAUAUUUAUAGUAAUAUUAAAGGACCUGCGAUACAAAGUAUGUUUCAUUUAUGUCUAAAGAUAAUGUACCAGCAGUCUGUAGACUGUAGACAUUCUUACAUGUUGCUGUUUACAGUGUAGUUCCAGUGGACUGGUCAAUAAACAUUUUCUCCACAUGGAGAAUAUUA